AUGCAACUUAUAGCUCUCCUUCUAACCGCUGCUGUGGCCCUGGGCUGUGCCCCUCCUCUAGAGCUUGAAUUCCCUGAGCGGAACGGAGACAUCAUUUCGCUCGACGAGCCGCAGACAAUCGAAGGCGAAGUCGAUAUGAACUACAAAGAGUAUGAUCGAGGACGCCCUUGCAACACCGACGAAGACCUCAAGAGCAAUGAAGCUGUCUUCAUCCUCGAGGACGGCGCAAUCCUUUCGAACGUAAUCAUCGGCUCAGACCAGCUCGAAGGGAUCCACUGCAAGGGUGCUUGUACCCUGAUCAACGUCUGGUUCCGUGAUGUCUGCGAAGAUGCCGUUUCCAUGCUCGGUAAAGGCGAUGUUUUCGUCGAGGGUGGUGGAGCCAACGCCGCAAUCGACAAGGUCUUCCAACACAACGGAAGGGGAACGGUGACCAUCAAGGAUUUCACCAUCACCAAUGCCGGCACGGUGUACCGCGGAUGCGGUAACUGCACGAACAACGGUGGUCCAAGAUCCGUCAUCUUCAUCGGCCUGAGGGCACACAACGUGACGGAUGCGCUUGCCGGCAUCAACGUCAACUAUGGCGACACUGCAACGAUCUUUGACUCGUGCGGAAGCGACAUCAACAACAUCUGUCAGGAGUGGAAGGGCGUCAACAAGUCCGAGGGCAUCCCGUCCGCCAGGCUCGACUCGAAGGGGUCCUGCCUCGGCGAGCAGGGGAAACUGGACGAGCUCCCCACGUGCUAG